CUACUACUUAAACCCCUCGAAACUCUCCUCUUCUUCUCAUUCCAUAAACUUAAUUAUUAAACCCUUUUCAGUGUCCGCAUCAUCAAAUCUCAUCUCUCUCUCAAGUUCACAACAAGAAAACAUUCAACCUUCAAAGUAGUCUCUUUUCAAAAUGUGUGGCGGUGCUAUAAUUGCUGAAUUCAUCCAUGGAAACCGAGGAGUCCGUCGAGUUUCCUCGUCUGAUAUAUGGCCCAACUCAUCUUUUGAUAAGCUUAACACCAACAACUUUUUCAAUUCUGAUUUUAGCCAGCGCGGUCAUGAUGAGCCUGCUCCCGUCAAGAGAUCCGUACCAUCUACAGAUGGUGUGCAAGUUGAAAAGCCCCCCAAGAGGCCAAGGAAGAAUCUUUACAGGGGAAUAAGACAGCGUCCCUGGGGCAAAUGGGCGGCGGAGAUUCGCGAUCCUCGUAAAGGUGUUCGGGUUUGGCUAGGUACCUUCAACACUGCUGAAGAGGCAGCCAGAGCCUAUGACAGAGAAGCUCGGAAAAUCCGUGGCAAGAAAGCCAAGGUCAAUUUUCCCAACGAAGAAGACAGCUACUCCAAAAUCCAACCAUCUCGCUCUAACCAAACUCAAACCCAACUCGUGAAUACGACCCAUAAUACUCCCCUGUAUCAACAACCUCGUGAUACUCUGCCCCAGAGUUUGGAAAUUGAGUUUGGUUACGAUCUCAAUAAACAGAUUGGAGCUUUUCCCUCUAAUGGAUUCAAGACUGGUGCCGACCCUGCUGCUACUUCUGGAGAUGAACAUUCUGGGUCCGGUUCAGAAGGUGCCUAUUCUUCAACCGGAUUAAUGCUGGGUCACAAUCAAAACGCCGCCGGAGAUAAUGGUAGCAUAACCCAAACCAAAGUGAAAGAAGAAGAAAUGCCUAUGAAAGAAGUGGAAGUGAUCACAAUUGAGGAGGAAGAAGAUAACGAGGUACAGAAGUUGUCAGAAGAGCUAAUGGCGUUCGAGAAUUACAUGAAGUUUUAUCAGAUCCCAUAUCUGGAUGGGCAGUCGGUGGCUUCCAACAGUGUUCAGGAGAGCGAUGUUGGUCAGCUCUGGAGCUUCGACGACAACGAUGACGCACCUUCCUCCGAAACCUCACCGUCCCUGUAACGACGUCGUUUUAGCUCCACAUAACAUAUUCUAUUUGUUUUUUCGCUUUCUCUUAAAAAUGGGUAAUUUUGUAAAUUUAAUGGAACUGGUGAUUUUGUUCAUUAUUUCCAAGUAUUCGAACUAAUUAAGGUGUUUUAGUUUAUAGAUUACAAUAAUAAAUUUGUGCAGUUGUCAAAACAUCGCUGCUUUGUCUGAAAUUCUCAAAUAUGAUCAAUGUAUAAUUAUUUUUUCCCCUAAA